GCGGCCGACUGGCUGCGACAGUUUCCUCGCGGUGCUGGGGGCUACGUGGUGUCCUUCGGCUGCGGGCUGGGCAGACUCGGCCCCGGGCCCGGCGGGGCAUGGACGCAGCGACCCUCACCCUGAAACUGCUCCUGAUCGGGGACAGCGCUGUGGGGAAGUCCAGCCUCCUACUGAGGUUCACCGAGGGCGCCUUUGAGCCGUGCCAGAAGCCCACUAUCGGUGUUGAUUUUAAAGUGAAGAAAAUGGUGGUAGAUGGCCACACAGUACAGCUUGCAAUAUGGGACACAGCAGGACAAGAGCGCUUUAGAACACUGACUCCCAGUUAUUACCGAGGAGCUCAAGGGGUUGUUUUAGUGUAUGAUGUUACAAGAAAAGACACUUUCACAGGACUAGAGAGCUGGCUGAAUGAGCUGGAAAUGUACACCACCAGAAGCAACAUUGUGAAGAUGUUAGUUGGCAAUAAGACUGAUAAGCCUGAUCGUGAAGUAGACAGAAGAGAAGGACUUCAGUUUGCUAGGAAACGCUCACUGCUUUUCAUAGAAACUAGUGCCAAGACACAGGAUGGAGUCCAACAUGCCUUUGAGGAGCUUGUCAUAAAGAUUCUGCAGACACCUGGUCUUUGGGAUAAAAGCGCAGAGAAGCGAGUACAGCUGAUGGAGUCUUCAACACAACAGGAGAAAAAGUUAUGUGGUGCAUACUGUCCACUUGCUUAAACCUACAGUUGCCUGUUCUGUCUGAAUGGCAUGGACUUCUAAAAACAUACCAACAGAUUCAAGGCUGAAACACAGUUUUGGUUUUGGAUCUACACAAUUUGUCAAAAACAUUCAUCAACAAUACAUUUUUCAUUCAUUAACAAAAUGCAGUUUAUCCUUCCCUUGUGCAAAACUGGUAUCUUCAGAUAUCAGUAUAAUGAUUUUCUGGUAACUAUCAAAUUUUUUCCAAGAAAGCACUAUGAUUUAGAGUGAGAGUUAAUGCUUUUGCUGUUUGACGUUUAACAUACGCUUGUUCUGAAAUUCCCACCUUAGCACAGAAUAAGGCCAUGUUCCACUCUGGAACUUUAUUGAAAAGUUUCUCUUUCCCAGAAUGGCAUGGGAGGCUCCUAGGCAGCCAAGUUUUUGUGAAUAUAAUUGUCAGGAAUUGUGAGCAAUGAUGCUCUUUCCCCAUUUCAGAUGCUUUUAAGCAGUGAAAAUUGCUAUUUGUCCCCAGAGACAGAGAGAGUUACUACAUAAUUUCAGAGUUCUAGUGAAUAUACCUAUUAUUCUUACAUUCUGCAGGGGAAAAAACAGACUUGCCAGUGAAGGAUGUAGAUUUAUCCCUUGCUCCUCUUAAAUAACUCUACUGAGGAUUGUUGAUGAUUUGGAGUAAUCACUUUAGGACAGUUUACAGUGUGGGUCCUUGCUGCCAUUAACAGAGCUCUCCAAACUCAUGUUCCUGCCCUCAUUCAGCAAUUGCAAGACUAAAACCAGGGUUAAAUAAAGCAAACUGGUGAUGGAAGAUUUUUCCACAAGAGAUUCUUAAUUGCCUAUUUGAUUAUGAAGUUUUGAUAACUAGCUGUCUCUCUUUCCUUUUUUUCCCACUAAACUCUGCCUUUUCUUGAAAAUAGACUUUGAGUCAUGGAAAAUGCUAUCCUAGAGUGAGAUCUAGGCAAUAAUGCUUCUAGAAGACUUCUGAUUGGCUGCUUGUAAUACUAUAAAAAUAUCUGAAUUUUGGGAACAAUGUUUAAAAACAAACUCAAGUGCUUAUAAACAAGGAACAGAUGCAAAGACACUCUGUCAUUACAGGGCAUAGACUAAUUUCUUUGUUAUGACUUGCUGAUGAUUCAUAGCUAUUAAAAUAAUUUAAACUAGUA